CUCAAGCUCUUUUCAGCUGUGCAUCGAAUUAAUCUAUCUUCCUCGACUUUUCGUUUCAGGGAUGAUGAGUUGGCCCGAGCAAGUGGUUCGAGUUCAGUCUCUGUCAGAAAGUGGCAUACGUGCCAUUCCAGACCAAUAUAUUAGGCCUCUGUCUGAAAGGCCUCUCUUCAAACUAGGUUCUCAGUUUCACCGACAUGUCGAUGUUCCCCUCAUUGAUCUCCAACACCUGUUCGGCAAAGACCCAACCCUCCACCUCGACACCCUCAACCGCAUCUCCAACGCCUGCCGCGACUGGGGCUUCUUCCAGGCGGUGAACCACGGUGUUAGCCACGAGCUGAUGACUCGAGCGCGCCAGGUCUGGCGUGAUUUCUUUAACCUGCCGCUCCAAGCGAAGCAAGAGUACGCCAACGCACCGACCACCUAUGAAGGGUACGGUAGUCGGCUGGGAGUCGUGAAAGGAGCCGUUCUCGAUUGGAGCGAUUACUUUUUCCUACAUUACUUGCCGGUUUCUUUGAGGAAUCAGAGCAAGUGGCCCAUGCAGCCGUCAUCUUGCAGGGAAGUAGUGGCUGAAUAUGGUUGCCAAGUUGUAAAAUUGUGCACAACGCUUCUGAAAGCAAUGUCCAUAGAUCUCGGACUCAAGGAAGAGUAUAUAGAGAAUGCGUUUGGUGGAGAUAACAUGGGGGCUUGUUUUAGAGCGAAUUUCUAUCCAAAGUGUCCUCAGCCGGAGCUUACUCUAGGUCUUUCCUCGCACUCCGACCCCGGUGGCAUCACCAUUCUCCUUCCCGAUUACGAUGUUGCUAGACUCCAAGUGCUCAACGAUGGUGAUUGGAUCACCGUGAAUCCUGUUCCUGGUUCUUUGAUUGUCAUCAUUGGGGAUCAGAUCCAGGUGAUGAGCAAUGCAAUUUACAAGAGCGUGGAGCACCGUGUGACGGUGAACUCGGCAAAAGAUGGGUUGUCCCUGGCCAUGUUCUUUAAUCCCAAGAGUGAUUUAGUGAUAGAAGCAGCGGAGGAGCUGGUGAGUGAGGAGCGGCCGGCGUUGUAUGAAGCCAUGACAUUUGAUCACUACAGGGUUCACAUGAGGAUGAAGGGUCCUUGUGGCAAAAAACGGAUCGAGUCCUUGAAAUUCAAUACCCCUUAGUAACUGCCAGAUUAAACAGUUGCAUUUAAAUAAUUAAUCAUUCUCUAAGCUCCGAGUUGCUUUUGAUCAGCUUAUUUGAAAUUUUAAAUGUUAUAUAUUUAUGUGAAAAAUAAAUAAACCAGCAGAUGGAUGGAUGAUGUAUGGACAGGGUUUGUUGCUCUUGUUAAUUGAUGUUGCCUGUGUUUUUUCU